CUUUUCUCAGUUUUUGCCAGCAGCAGGAGGGAGAGACACACGGACAAAACACGAAUAAAACCACGAAAUUAAACCCCGUACAAACGUUGAAGGAAUAUUGUCUCAGGCUGUGACCACCCAUCAACUGUGUGAAGACCCUCUGGCCGUGUGUCUGGGGGAGGGACGGGUUGCUGAAUGCGUUGAGUGAGGAGCGCCGAUGAUGAAGCCCAGAAUAAGUUCUCCCUGGCCCCACAGCAUCGUGCUGAACACAUACCCUUGAGCUUUAGAAGACCAGGAUGAAAUGAGAUAAACACUGGAUGAGUGGAGGCCCCCUGCUUCAGAAACUCUAAGCAUGGCAGGACUACAGCUGGUGACCCCUGCCUCCUCACCCAUGGGGCCCUUCUUUGGUCUCCCAUGGCAACAGGAAGCUAUCCACGACAACAUAUACACACCAAGGAAAUAUCAGGUUGAACUUCUUGAAGCAGCUCUCGAACACAAUACUAUAGUCUGCUUAAAUACAGGCUCAGGGAAGACCUUUAUUGCAGUACUUCUUAUAAAAGAGCUCUCCCACCAAAUCCGCCAAGAGAAUGGGAGGAGGACUGUUUUCCUGGUGAAUGCAGCAUCGUCUGUGCUUCAGCAAGCAUCCACUGUAAGAACCCAUUCAGAUCUUCAGGUUGGGGAAUAUACGGAAAGCUCUACGUCAUGGCUGGAGGGAAAAUGGAACCAAGAGAUAAUGGAAAAUCAGGUGCUCGUCAUGACGUGCCACAUCUUUCUGCAUGUGCUAAAGAAUGGAGUCUUGCCACUAUCGAAAAUCAACCUGCUGGUUUUUGACGAAUGUCACCUUGCAAUCACGGACCAUCCCUAUCGGGACAUAAUGAAGAAAUGUGAGGAUUGUUGGAGUUGUCCACGCAUCCUUGGUCUGACUGCGUCCAUUCUGAAUGGCAAAUGUGACCCAUCUGACCUGGAGGAGAAAAUCCAGAAUCUGGAGAAGAUCCUGAAGAGCAAUGCAGAAACUGCCACUGAUCUUGUUGUGCUGGACAGGUAUGCGUCUCAGCCUCGUGAGGUGGUGCUGGAUUGUGGCCCUUACCAGGACAAGAGUGGGCUGUCCGAGAGGCUUCUGAGUGAGCUGGAUGAAGCUCUGCAUUUUCUCAACGACUGCAAUUUAUCUGCACACCGAGAAGACAGAGAUCCCACCUACAUCUCUAAACAGGUUCUGACCGACUGUAGAGCGGUCCUGACGGUGUUAGGGCCGUGGUGUGCCGAUAAAGCUGCUGGCAUCAUGGUGCGAGAGCUCCAGAAGUACAUCAAGCACGAGCAGGAGGAGCUGAACCGCAAGUUCCUGCUCUUCACGGACACCAUCCUGAGGAAACUUCACGCGCUCUGUGAGGAGCACUUCUCCCCGGCCUCUCUGGACCUGAAGUUCGUCACACCCAAAGUCAUCAAGCUCUUGGAGAUCCUGCACGAGUACAAGCCCUUUGAGAGGCAGCAGUUCGAGAGCGUGGAGUGGUACAACAACCGCAACCAGGACAAUUAUGUCUCGUGGAGCGAUUCUGAGGAUGACGACGAAGAUGAGGAGGUGGAGGUCAAGGAAAAGCCAGAAGCCAACUUUCCUUCACCGUUUACUAACAUCCUCUGCGGGAUCAUCUUCGUGGAGAGACGAUAUACAGCGGUUGUUUUGAAUCGGCUAAUCAAGGAGGCAGGGAAGCAGGACCCAGAGCUGGCCUACAUCAGUAGCAACUUCAUCACAGGGCACAGCAUUGGCAAGAAUCAGCCUCGCAACAAGCAGAUGGAGGUGGAGUUCAGAAAACAGGAGGAAGUGUUAAGGAAAUUUCGGGCACAUGAAACCAACUUGCUAAUCGCCACCAGCAUCGUGGAGGAAGGGGUGGAUAUUCCAAAGUGCAAUUUGGUGGUCCGCUUCGACUUACCGACGGAGUAUCGGUCCUACGUGCAAUCCAAAGGUCGAGCGCGUGCUCCUGUCUCCAAUUACAUCAUGCUGGCUGACAGCGAAUGCACAAAAGCCUUUGAAGAAGAUCUUAAGACCUACAAGGCUAUUGAGAAGAUCCUCAGAAACAAGUGUUCCAAGUCAGCAGAGUGCAAUGACUAUGAGGUGGAAUCGGUGUUGGACGACGAUAACAUACUCCCACCCUACGUGCUUCGCUCCGAUGAUGGAGGACCCAGGGUCACCAUUAACACGGCCAUCGGCCAUGUCAACAGAUACUGUGCGAGGCUACCCAGUGACCCGUUCACCCAUCUGGCACCCAAGUGUAAGACUGUAGAGCUGAAAACUGCUGUCUACCAAUCCACGCUCUUCCUUCCAAUCAACUCCCCUCUCAGGGAGCCUAUCGUUGGGCCCCCGAUGCCUUGCGCAAGGCUUGCAGAGAAAGCAGUUGCACUACUUUGUUGUGAAAAACUUCACAAAAUAGGCGAGCUGGAUGAUCACUUAAUGCCGGUGGGGAAAGAGACGGUGAAGUAUGAGGAGGAGCUGGACCUGCAUGAUGAAGAGGAGACUAAUGUUCCAGGAAGGCCAGGCUCUACUAAGAGGAGGCAGUGCUACCCAAAAGCCAUACCAGAAUGUCUGCGGGGCAGUUAUCCAGUACCAGGGCAGUCCUACUACCUGUACGUGAUUGGGAUGGUUCUUACCACGCCACUUCCAGAUGAGCUCAACUUUCGCAGGAGGAAGUUGUACCCUCCUGAAGACACCACCAGAUGCUUUGGCAUUCUGACAGCUAAACCAAUACCUCGGAUUCCUCACUUUCCUGUGUACACCCGCUCUGGUGAGGUGACCAUCUCCAUCGAGCUGCAGAAGUCUGGCUUCACUCUGAGUGCGGCCCAGCUGGAGCUAAUCACGCGCCUGCACCAGUACAUCUUCUCCCACAUCCUCCGGCUAGAGAAACCUGCACUGGAGUUCAGGCCCACUGAGGCCGACUCAGCCUACUGCGUUCUACCUCUCAAUGUCGUUGGGGAUUCCAGUACUUUAGACAUGGACUUCAAGUUCAUGGAGGAUAUUGAAAAAUCUGAAGCACGCAUUGGCAUUCCUAACACCCAGUACACGAAGCAGAACCCAUUCACUUUCAAAGUGGAGGACUACCAGGAUGCUGUCAUCAUUCCAAGGUAUCGUAAUUUUGACCAGCCGCACCGGUUUUAUGUGGCUGAUGUGUACACAGACCUCACGCCUCUCAGUAAAUUCCCCUCUCCAGAGUACGAGACGUUUGCCGAGUACUACAAAACCAAGUACAACCUGGACCUGUCCAACGUCAACCAGCCCCUUCUGGACGUGGACCACACAUCCUCAAGACUGAAUCUCUUAACUCCUCGCCACCUCAAUCAAAAGGGGAAAGCACUGCCUCUCAGCAGUGCCGAGAAGAGGAAGGCCAAGUGGGAAAGCCUACAAAACAAACAGAUUUUAGUUCCUGAACUGUGUGCCAUUCACCCGAUUCCUGCCUCUCUGUGGAGGAAAGCCGUCUGCCUUCCCAGCAUUCUCUACAGACUUCACUGCCUUUUGACGGCUGAGGAGCUGCGUGCUCAGACGGCCAGCGAUGCGGGUGUGGGGGCCCAGAGCCUGCCCCCCGACUUCAGGUAUCCCAAUUUGGAUUUUGGAUGGAAGAAGUCCAUCGACAGCAAGUCUUUCAUUUCAUGCCCCAGUGCAUGCAUGGAGGAUGACGAUCACUGUAAGCACGGCACAAGCUCAGCCCCUGACCACACUGCCCAGGAGGGCCUUAGUGCCGAGGCCUCCCAGCCCACAGAGAGCGCUCUCUCGAAUGAUAACUGCAAUGCACCAGACGAAAAGCUAGAGACGCACACGCUCCCAGAGACAGCUCUGCAGCCGCCGGACAAAGACGGGAGCACCUGCAUCUGCCCCAGAAACCUCAGCAAUGGCGCAGUGGGCGAAAGCGGUGACCACCACGAGCGGGACGUUUGCCAAUGUUCCCAGCUGGGCUCGUCGGAGAGCGACCUAUCGACACAAACCACUACCUCAGUUCCUGUGCAGCCCUCUCCGAGCGGUGAGCCCAAGCCCCAGGCCAGCGAUGAAUGUACCCCAGGCAGGAAGUCGGAUUUCCAUGACGGACAUGUGAAUAAACCUACCUCAGACCGUUGCCUUGCGCUCAGAACGGCAACCAGCACCGCAGCACCUUCGUCAGUGUCUUCAGAGGCACCUGAAACUGCAGCUCCUGCUGCAGGACUGGCUGGGGACUCCCCCAAAACCUUGGGGCCCAACCCAGGCCUCAUCCUGCAGGCCUUGACUCUCUCCAAUGCCAGCGACGGCUUUAACCUAGAAAGGCUGGAGAUGCUGGGGGACUCCUUCCUCAAGCACGCCAUCACCACCUACCUGUUCUGCACAUAUCCUGAUGCCCACGAGGGAAGACUUUCUUACAUGAGGAGUAAGAAGGUCAGUAACUGUAACCUGUACCGCCUGGGGAAGAAGAAGGGGCUGCCCAGCCGAAUGGUGGUCUCUAUCUUCGAUCCGCCGGUCAACUGGCUGCCCCCAGGCUACGUCGUGAACCAAGACAAGAGCAGCACUGACAAGUGGGACUCGGAUGAGACAAAGGAAGACAUGGCCAAUGGAAAAGCCAACAAAGAUGACUAUGACGACGACGACGACGAUGAUGUAGAGGACGAAGAUCUGAUGUGGAAGGAGCCCAAGGAUGAGGUGAACGUGGAGGACGAUUUGGAGUAUUAUCAGGAACACAUCAAGUUCAUCGACACCAUGCUAAUCGGCUCCGGAGCUUUUGGUAAGAAGAUAUCCCUCGGCAGCUUCCCUUCUGCUGAGCCCAGCUAUGACUGGAAAGCCCCGAAGAAACCCACCCUGGUCAACGCGCAGUUCUCUUCCGACGGAGGUCCUGAUGAGUUUGACUACAGCUCGUGGGAUGCCAUGUGCUACCUAGACCCCAGCAAGGCGGGUGAGGAAGACGACUUCGUGGUGGGCUUCUGGAACCCCUCUGAGGAGAACUGUGGCACAGACAUGGGGAAGCAGUCCAUCUCCUACGACCUCCACACGGAGCAGUGCAUUGCAGACAAGAGCAUUGCAGACUGCGUGGAGGCCCUGUUGGGCUGCUACUUGACCAGCUGUGGAGAAAGGGCGGCCCAGAUGUUCCUCUGCUCUCUGGGCCUCAAAGUGCUUCCGGUGGAGAAGCGGAGCAGGAAGAAAGGAGAAGCAGGAGAUGCUGAGUGGGAAGGGCCAGCUGAGCUGCAGUACGGCUGGCUCAGGAUCCCCCCACGCUGCAUGUUUGACCACCCAGAUGCCGAACGCACCCUCAACCACUUAAUCUCCGGCUUUGAGAACUUUGAAAAGAAAAUCAACUAUACGUUCAAAAACAAGGCCUACCUUCUGCAGGCCUUCACCCACGCCUCGUACCAUUACAACACCAUCACAGAUUGUUACCAGCGGUUGGAGUUCCUUGGUGAUGCAAUUUUAGACUACCUCAUAACAAAGCACCUUUAUGAAGACCCACGGCAGCACUCCCCCGGCGUGCUGACCGACCUGCGCUCUGCGCUCGUCAACAACACCAUAUUUGCUUCCCUGGCUGUCAAGUACGACUACCACAAGUACUUCAAAGCCGUCUCACCUGAGCUGUUCCACGUGAUCGACGAUUUCGUACAGUUUCAGCUGGAAAAGAAUGAAAUGCAAGGAAUGGACUCCGAGCUGCGCCGAUCCGAAGAAGACGAGGAGAAAGAGGAGGAUAUUGAGGUCCCCAAAGCAAUGGGGGACAUCUUCGAAUCACUAGCCGGGGCAAUUUACAUGGAUAGCAAUAUGUCACUCGAGACCGUUUGGCAAGUGUAUUAUCCAAUGAUGAGGCCACUGAUAGAGAAAUUCUCUGCCAACGUUCCCCGCUCGCCUGUGCGUGAACUGCUGGAGAUGGAGCCUGAGACUGCAAAGUUCAGCCCUGCCGAGAGGACGUACGACGGAAAGGUCCGGGUGACGGUGGAGGUGGUGGGGAAAGGCAAGUUCAAAGGCGUGGGCCGCAGCUACCGGAUCGCCAAAUCGGCGGCCGCCCGGCGAGCCCUGCGCAGCCUCAAAGCCAAUCAACCUCAGGUCCAGAACAACUGAGCUUCAUACAGGUCCCAAAACACCCCCCCCCCUCCCCCCUCCGCAACAGUCUGCAACACACUGAAGACUUUUCACGAGCGGUCUUCUCAUUCUGUGUUAGUCGAGGAGAGAGUUUUAUCACUUCGACAGGAUUCUCAAAGACUAAAACAGACAAUUAUGGGUUCAUUUUUGUUCAUCUUUUCUUUUGCGCAAACACAAUCUUUACCUUUUGUUUCCUCCAAGCUCUGUUUGAU